UUUUCGCACUUCUCUAGCUGAAAGAUGGCUGGUCUGUGGUUGUUUGUAUAAUGAAUUUUAUGAAGGCAAGCUCAUGUGAAAAAGAAGCACCGUUGUGAAAAUUGAAUUAACUAACACAAAACGAUACGUUGAUCAGCCAGCAUUAACAGACAAAUAUCUACCGACUGUUGUGCCCAGUAGUUAUCGUGUUCACUACGUCGUACAGUGAUUCUGCUGUUCUGAUCUUCAGGAGUUUGACAAUAUAUUGGAUCAAAGCUUCGAAGAAAAGAAAUAUUUGCUUCAUCGGCGUUUCAUUCUGAACAUUAUGAUGAAGCUAGUAGACCAAGUUGUCAGGAGUUUUAAGGUGGCGAAGGUAUUUCGAGAAAAUACAGAUAAAAUAAACAGUAUAGAUUUCUCACCGAAUGGUGAAACACUAAUUUCAUGCAGUGAAGAUGAUCAAAUUGUGAUAUAUGAUUGCGAAAAAGGAACUCAAAUGAUUACAGUUAACAGUAAGAAAUAUGGAGUUGAUCUGAUACAUUUCACCCAUGCUAAAAACACAGCAAUUCACAGUUCCACUAAAGUUGAUGAUACAAUAAGAUAUUUGUCACUACAUGACAACAAAUACAUAAGAUAUUUCCAGGGACACACCAAAAAAGUGGUUACACUCUGUUUAUCUCCCAUAGAAGACACUUUUUUAUCAGGAUCUUUGGACAAGACUUUACGACUCUGGGAUUUACGCUCACCAAACUGUCAAGGGUUAAUGCAUUUAUCAGGUAAACCAGUCGCAGCAUAUGACCCUGAGGGUCUUAUAUUUGCUGCAGGAGUAAAUUCUGAAAGUAUCAAAUUAUAUGACUUGAGGUCUUUUGAUAAAGGCCCAUUUGUGACAUUUAAACUAAAUCAAGAAAAGGAGUGUGAUUGGACAGGUUUAAAAUUUUCACGGGAUGGCAAAACAAUGUUGAUAAGUACUAAUGGCUCAAUUAUACGUCUUGUUGAUGCUUAUCAUGGAACCCCUCUACAAACCUUCACAGGACACCUGAAUAAUAAAGGAAUUCCAAUAGAAGCUUCAUUCAGUCCAGAUUCCCAAUAUAUAUUUAGUGGUUCAACAGAUGGCAGGGUUCAUGUUUGGAAUGCUGACACUGGUUACAAAGUAUGUGUUUUAAAUGGAGACCAUCCAGCACCAAUACAAUGUGUACAGUUUAAUCCAAAAUUUAUGAUGUUAGCAUCAGCAUGUACCAAUAUGGCAUUCUGGUUGCCCACUGUUGAUGAUGUUUAAGAGGAUAUUCAGUGCUUUAGGUUAUUAAUUAAUUUUCUAGAGGUACUCUACCUACAAAAUGAGAAUUCUACACCUAGGUAUAGGUAACUGCGUAGAAAACAGAAAAAACAUCUAUUGCAUGUUUUAUUGAAUCUUGCAAUCAAGAGCAGACCUUGUAAUGGUGAUUUUAUACAUCCACCUCACAUCUUGAGCAUUUACCUAUAUUUGUCUUGUGUAGUGUACUUUGUAGCUAUUAU